AUGGAGGAAAUUCUCUAUCUCGUGCACGUGUUUUUGAGUGGUAUAAGCGCUUCAGUGAGGGCCGAGAGAGCACUGAAGAUGCCCCAGCGCCCAGGUCGCCCUGUCACUGUUUCAACUCCGGAAACAGUGACCAAAAUCAACCAAAUUGUGCGUGCAGAUCGUCGAAUGAGCAUCCGGAUGAUUGCCGAGGCUGUAAACGCCGAUAAAGAAACGGUUAAAAAAAUUUUACAUGAGGAAUUACAUAUGACAAAAGUCUGUGCGAAGUUGGUGCCAAAAAACCUGACUCCUGACCAAAAGUUCUUGCGUCAACAGGUCUGCUCACGUUUCCUUGAAAAGUUAAAAGAAGAUCGAAACAUGGAUUUUUCAAUACGAUGUUGA